AUGUCUCUGUCAGAAGCCUCUUCAUCUUAUUCUUCUCCCUCAUUAUCGUCGUCGCCGUCCGAAGAAACCAACACGACGUCGUCGACGUUCAUCAGCACAGCAACAGCAAGCCGCAGAACUCUGAUGGUGUCAAAGUCGGUGUCGGAGAGGCUUCUGGGGAAGUUCUUCGAUGCGUCUCAAUUCGAUUUCGAUUACGAGCAGAGUGGGCUGUGGUCUCCUCCGGUCAGACGAAGUGCGUACUUGGCCUCGCCGGCCGGCAACAUCAUCUACUCCGACGAUCAACUCUUCAGAAAACUCAAGAAAGCCAAGAGUGCCUGGAAGAAGAGGCGCUUAGUUUGCUUUGAUUUUAUUACUGCUUUUAUGUGCUUAUGAAGAUGAAGGAUGGUAAAGGAGGAAGCUAAGGUGCAUAUAUAGAGGAAAUAUAAUUAUAUACUCUCCUUUUAAGAUAAAGUUAUGUUCUGUGUCUCUCAGAUAUAUAUAUAUAUAUAUAUAUAUAUAUGCAAGUGAUGAUCUUAUCUUAAUUUACUUUUGGGUUGGCUUAUGUGUGUAUGGAUGCAUGUGGGCACUACACAACUUUUAAUUCCAACAU